GUGAGGAAUACAAAAACAUGUCCUCUUGUAUUUCCAUUUGGGAGCAACUUACUGUAUUAAAUGUUGAUCGAAAUGCACUAAUUCUCUCUUUGGGAGGAGGAAUGAUUACAGAUUUAGGUAGUUUUGCGGCUUCUUGUUUUAAACGAGGAAUUGCACAUAUUAAUAUUCCUACUUCUCUUUUAGGCAUGGUAGAUGCUUCAGUUGGUGGUAAAACAGGUAUUGAUUUCAUGGGGUUUAAAAAUCACAUAGGUGUAUUUGAUACUACUUGUGAGACAUACAUUUGCAGUGAAUUACUGAGUACAUUGCCUUCUCGUGAACUGAAUAGCGUAUGGUCAGAAAUUGUUAAACAUUAUCUUAUUUAUGAUGCUGAUGCAUUCCAAGCAUUUGCAAAGCUUGAUUCCAAAAGAAUUUUGUCCAAUAAUGAAAUGCAACUAUUGAUAGAGCGUGCUGUGUCCAUAAAAACCCAUUUUGUUACGCAAGAUCCUUUCGAUAAAGGAGUUCGAAAGGCGCUAAACUUUGGACAUACGAUUGGACAUGCUAUCGAAAGCCAUUAUCUCUCAACAUCAGCACCAUUAUUGCAUGGUGAAGCGGUUGCCAUUGGAUUAAUUGCAGAAUCGUAUAUUUCAUUCUGUAAGGGGAAAAUUUCAGAAAACGAAUUGACAAUUAUUGUUAGUACAAUUCACAAUCGAAUAUCGCUUUCUCUCAUUUAUUCAGAAGAAUUUGAAUCGAUUUACCUCCGUUCUCUUCAAGAUAAGAAAAACACUACAACUAUCAAUUGUGUUUUACUCCAUGGUAUUGGUCGAUUUGAACUCGAUGUACCCAUCAAUAGAGAGGAGAUUAUGCUAUCUUUAAACCAUUAUAAUACGAGUUGUGAGCAAUACACUAAUUCAUCGCAUUAUAUUGCAACCAUUCAACUUCCUGCUUCUAAGAGUGAAUCGAAUAGGCUGUUAAUCUUACAAGCUUUGAGUGGGGCGAAUUUGAAAAUUGUAAAUUUUUCCACCGCUAACGAUACCCUUUUACUUCAGAAAGCACUGAAUUCUAAAAGUCUGAUUGUAAAUAUUGACGAUGCAGGAACAGCUAUGCGUUUUCUUACUUCUUUUUAUGCCAUGCGCAAUGAGCAUAAAAUCGUGAAGGGCACUGAACGUAUGCAUAAACGCCCUGUUCACGAUUUAGUGGAAGCGCUACAUCAAAUUGGAUUUCGCAUUAACUAUCUUGGCCAACCUGGAUUUCCACCUAUUGAAAUCAUUCCGGUAAACCUUGUUUCCUUAAACAACAAAGUCACUAUUGAUGGUUCAAUUAGUAGCCAAUUUAUUAGUUCGUUGAUUAUGAUUGGAGCUUCUUUGCCAAAUGGUUUGGAGAUUACCAUUACCGGAGAAGUUGCGUCUAAGCCAUACAUUUUGCUUACCGCUGCAUUAAUGCGCAAAGCCGGAAUUGAAUCAUCAAUUAACUUUCCCGUAAUUACCAUCGCUAAACAAGAAUACAAAACUACCGUAUUGAGCGCUGGUGACGAUUGGACCAACGCUAGUUACUGGUAUUCCUUUGUUGCAAUCAGUCAUUCUACUGAACUUAUUUUAGAA